AUGGGGACGGUCGAGGGCCAUGGGCAUGGGCAUGGGCAUUCGCAAUCGCCGUCCAAGAACCAAUUGACAAAUUGGUGGAGACAGUUCCGGAGCAAUCCGAAGUCUGCUUCUUCGGAAACGCUCAGUGAGAGUAGGAGAAAACGGCAUGACAAGGGAGCCGGGAUUGGGGAUAAUUCGAACGUUAAUGUGAAUAGCGAGAGUUUCAAGGAGUAUCGGGACGCGUUUUUGAACGAAAGACACGGAUUCACAGGCCAAGUGUUCAACGUGCCGUUAUCGCAGUCUUUGUCUGUUGCGAGCGCCGAGGUUAUCGUGCAAACGGAGCUAUCGAGUUUUGGGCGUAUUCCCAUCGUAGUGGCGAAGUGCGGUGCCUAUUUGAAGCAGCAGGGGCUCGAGACGUCGGGGAUUUUCCGUAUCGCUGGUAACUCGAAGAGGAUAAAGGAGUUGCAGUACAUCUUCUCGACCCCUCCACAUUAUGGCGCGAAAUUUAAUGGCUGGGAUGAGUUCACAGUACACGAUGUCGCGUCAUUGCUAAGGCGGUACUUGAACCAUUUACAGGAACCAUUGAUACCAUUGGCACUGUACGACUCGUUCAGGAAACCGCUCAUCGAUAGACCACGUAUUAUACAGCACUUGAAGAAGGUUGCUGACGAAGAGUCAACUGCGGCCCUUCCCCUGGGAGGGACCCCUGCUCAGCCACAAGCACAAGUCCAGACCCCAGAAGAAACUACAGGCACAGGAGCAGGAGCAGAAGCAGAAGUGGAUGCUGAUGCUGAAGUUGAUGCUGACACUGACGCGUUAGCAGCUGCAGCAGCAGACGAAGAACUCCGUAGACAGAAGAAGCAAAAAUCAAAGAAAAGACUAACAAAGGAUAUCAAGAACGCAAUAAAGGACUACGAUCAACUGUUCGAACUGUUGCCAGAUGAUCCACGCCAGCUAUUUAUUUACCUACUCGAUUUGCUAAGCUUGUUCGCCCAACAAUCAGACAAAAAUCUAAUGACUGGCGCGAAUUUGGCCGCCAUCUUCCAGCCAUCCAUUAUAUCACAUCCUGAUCACGACAUGGACCCUCGCGAAUACGAAAUUUCUCGACUUGUGGUGGAGUUCCUUCUACGCUACUCUUACAAGCUACUACCUCAUCUUUUGAAAUUGAAGAAGAGGAAACCUCAAACAAUAUCAGUAUCAGAUAGCUUCGAAACAGAUGACACCAACCAAGGGGGUUCAAAUGCCGCUACUAUACAGGGUAAUGAUAAUCAAAAUAGGACAGAGACUGGAACUGGGGCUGGUAAUGGGAAUGUAAACGCCAACACCAAUGGAAAUAAGAAUAAUGACGAAAAUAAUCCGCCAGAUCAAGAUAAGGAUUACGUGGAAGUAAACGCCACCGCAGUGCCGGUAACACCAGUUGAAAAGACAAAGUUUACGGAUAAACAAAAUAUCGGUUCGCUGACUCCACCCGAUCCCCAUUAUCUGGAUGUUCCAAAAACAAGACCGUAUUCCAAAUCGCUAAGUAGUGCCAAUGCCCCUUCAGACAUGAUUACUUCAAGGGCAAAUAGCAAAAUCCCGCUGCUGAAUAAGCUGUUUUCUAGCGACACUGAAGAUGAAUACGAGAGCAGUUCGAGACCUUCAUCUCCCAUGCUGCGCAAAACAGGUAGUUCGAACAGUGGGAAAAUGUUGCAAUUACCAGUUAUCACAGGAAAAGGUGUUAAUGAUCAAACUUUUAGGGUAAUGAAAUCAGAUAACGAGAUAGAUGAAACUCAUAAUGAUCAACGGCAGCCUCGGUCUAAGAAAAGAGAAUCAUGGCUACACCGAUUAAAGAGCCGCUCGCGGUCAUCCCUCAGGGAGUGA